AUGCUGGGUUAUUCAGCAUAUGAGGUUCAGUUCCGGGGAUCACAUUCGGACUACAACUGGGAUCAGGCUCAGGAGUUACCUUCAUUUCACUCCAGCACUUGCAAACAAAUUGUUUUACCCCAGUCUUUUGAUUAUGCACAGUUUACCUUCUUUGAAGCGAUAAACUUCCAUUCGAUAAUAAUAUUACUAUUUAGGAUUCAUCACUAUAAAUAUUCUCCCUGUCCUUGGCAGCAUCUUCUGGUAGUUGUUCCUGUUGUUGGCAUACUGUCAGACAUACAAGCGCUUAAACCUGUUCUCAAUGUUGCUGAGGUGGACAAAAUUUUUGAUUUACCCCUGGAGAUGUUCCUCAAGGAUGAGAACAGGACAUCCGAGAAGCGAGAAAGGAUGUGGCAGACAUUCACAGUUCAUUACUUCACUUAUGAGAAGGGGAACCGGAAGAACAUAAUCUGGGGUCUGACCGCCCGCAUCCUGAUCCAUGCUGCUUCAGUUGUAUACGAGCGACCACCGGACUUUCCUGAGCGAAGAGUACAGUUCAACUUGCCAAAGUACCAAAAGGAGUAUUCUUCAAUGCCGUUGGGAUCAGUACCUGCCAGACACUAGUGUCUACGAUGCUCUCCUUUAUAUAACAGGAGAUUACACCACAAGAAAUUGUUAUAGAAUCCAAGGGGAGUUAAAAUCAUAUGUUGUCAUACUAAUUUAUAUUCUUUGCACACUAUUUUACUUACUACAGUGACAACAUAAACAAUUAGAACAAUGUUAACUAUAUCUGUGUACACUGCCAAUUGUCUUUAUUGAUGCUGUUGAUGAGAUCAUCAAGCAUUUGCUCUAAUGCAAUGGGAUUGUAUGUAUAAAUGAGAUUGUUUUGCUGAAUUCAUUGUUCUAUAAUAAGGAUUAGAAGUUUGUGAACA